UGUUAAUAAGGACACUGAACCCAAAGAUCCAUAUCCCAUUCCAAGAAAGAUUAUGGCGGAACCCGACUAUAUAGAUGAUGACAAUCCUGAAUUAAUUAGACCUCAGAAAUUAAUUAAUCCUGUGAAAUCAUCCCGCAAUCAUCAAGAUCUCCAUAGAGAGUUACUUAUGAAUCAGAAAAGGGGUCUUGCACCUCAGAACAAACCAGAGCUACAGAAGGUGAUGGAGAAAAGGAAACGAGAUCAAGUAAUUAAACAACAAAAAGAAGAGGAAGCACAAAAGAAGAAAUCAGACCUGGAAAUAGAGCUACUGAAACGGCAGCAGAAGCUGGAGCAGCUGGAGCUGGAGCAACAGAAGAUACAGGAAGAACAGGAAAAUGCACCCGAAUUUGUCAAAGUCAAGGGCAACUUGAGGAGGACGGUCCAGGAAACAACAGAAGCACCAGACUCCUAGAGCCAGUGCCUGCUAAGACUCCCAGCUUUCUUGCAGAGAGAGGCUUUUGCAAGUUGUCUCAGAUUUGUCCCUCAAGAGGAAAGAUAGCAGCAUCCAGCUGACACUUACUGAAGAUGACAUUUUUAACUCCUGGGACGUGUGGAUUAAAAAGACAGUACCAUAAAGUGAUCGACUUGCCAAAUGCAGUCCUGAGAUCAAUGGCUAAGGAGUCUGUUUGUCAGUUCAGUGUCAUGGACCAGUUUGACAUGCUUACUCAGAGAUUUUAACCAGGGAUACUAGAGAAACUCCUUCAGUGUUGCACUGCUUUCUCUCUUGUGAUCCUAGUUUAGUGGAGAUACACAGAUUAUAUUUUGCUUUAAACCAGAACAAAAAUCCUCCUGUGCUUUCUUAUGAAGCUUUGCUGUGCAGGUACAUUUUCUCCAUCUAGACCUACAGCCUGUGUAUAUCCUACAAUAAUUAAUGUUGAGAUUUUUAUCAAAUCUGGGAGGAUACAAGCUUUGUUGGUCACUGCUGCCCAUCCCCACUAGGGUAGGCAGGUGUGGGCAAACUGAAAAUGCUUAAAUUUCACCAGCAGUGAACAGUUAAGCAGCCUUAAAGCCCAGUUCUGCCUGUCUG